AUGUGCGCUGUCACCCGGGUGCUGGUGCUGCUGCUGUGGGUGCCAUGGCAGGAGCUGCUUGGGGCGCCGCUGGCCGAGCUCUCGGGGGAUCAGAGAUUCCUCAUCUUCCUCAGCAACAACCUGGAAUUCACCCGCAAGAUCAAGGGGGACGUGGCUGCUCUGCAGCACGUGGUGUGUGACACCUUCCAGCUGUGCAAGGAGGAGGAGCUGCUGCUGCUGCGGCAGGACCUGAGCAUCACACAGGUGCCCAUGGAGCGGUGCCAUGGCCGCGGCUUCCAGGCGGAAGCCUGCUUCAGCCAGAUCCAAGAGGGGCUCCGCACCUACCAGAGCUCCCUCGAUGCCGUCCUGGAGCUGCUGCCUGGACACGCUGCACUGGUGGAGAGCCUGCAGCUGGAUGCUGCCAACCUGUCCUCCAACAUCCAGCAUCAGAUGGAAGACCUGGGCCUGGCCACGGUGACAUACCCCACAGAGACCCGGGGUCCCCUCCCUGCCUUCUCCUCCCAUUUCCACCACCAGGUCGGCAGCUUCUUCAUCCUGGCCGACUUCCAGCGGUUCCUGGAGGCUGCGUACCGGGCCCUGCGGCACCUGGCGCACCUCUGA